GCGAUCAAUCAGCGGCCGAUCCGCGAUUCUCUGGUUCCGUGUGGUCGUGUCGAGUUCAUCGGGAUCAUCCGGAUUCUUCAAACAUUGAUGUAGAGGAGUGCGGGAUCUGGGGAAGGCGGAGGUUUAACGGGAGCCGGUCCGGAUCAGCGCGGGUUCGGUUCGGGCACGGGGGUCUGGAGGACGUGAAGCUGUGAAAAUGUCAACAAUGAUCAUCUGAUGAACCAAAAAUCACCACAAGCACAAGAGACGAGCUUUCCCCUGCUUCAACGCAGAUCCAGAACCGAUCCGGUUCGGCUGAACGCUGGGAUUAGCUUUAGCUUUAGCAUGACAGCAGGGAUGCGCUGACUCUGACCCGUUUCAUCGUCUUUCCACAGGCUAGCGGAUGUUACGGCCGCGUCCAUGGAGUUUCCUCAGAUGACACGCGUGUUCAGCGCUCGGGGAUUUUGGGCAUGGUGACUGCUGUCCGUCAGCCAGAGCAGAGGCGUCACGCAGGGGCCGUCUGGACCUGAAGGAAGACCUCCGAAACAGGACGAGUUUAAAACGACAGCGAGAGAGACAUGGGGCAGUGUGUGACUAAAUGUAAAAACCCCACGUCCUCUCUGGGUAGUAAAAGUGGAGACAAGGAUGGCAAGUCUCAUGGGAAGAAAGGCGGCGGCGGGACGCACAAGGAGGAGGUUGCCAAAUCCUCUGCCGAGGUCAUAAUUAAUGGCACCAAAGUGUCGGAGGGGACGGUGGAGGGCCCUGUGGCUCCGGUCAUCUCAGCGGUGGAUGUGCGGCGUGAUCAGUCUGCACAGGACGGCGACGGAGUCUCCAUCGAUCGGAUACAUAAGAUGUUCUUGUGUUAUAAGGACGAACAUGAAGACUCUAUUCUGGAGGAGGGCAUGGAGCGCUUCUGCAAUGACCUCUGCGUCGAUCCGGCUGAGUUCAAAGUUCUGGUGCUGGCGUGGAAAUUCCAGGCUGCUACCAUGUGCAAGUUUACAAGGAGAGAGUUUGUGGACGGCUGCAAGGCGAUCCAGGCUGACAGCAUCCCGGGAAUCUGCUCUCGUUUCUCCGUGCUGCUAGAGGAGUCCCGUGGAGAAGAGAGUUUCAAGGAUCUGUAUCGCUUCACCUUCCAGUUCGGUCUGGAUGCAGAGCAGGGCCAGCGGUCUCUGCAGCGCUCCAUCGCCAUCGCUCUGUGGAGGCUGGUCUUCACGCUGGACACUCCGCCGGUGCUGGAGCGCUGGCUGGACUUCCUGUCGGAGAACCCGUGCGCCGUCCGCGGCAUCUCUCGGGACACCUGGAACAUGUUUCUGAACUUCACGCAGAGCAUCGGCCAAGAUCUCAGCAACUACAGUGAGGACGAGGCCUGGCCGAGCCUGUUUGACUCCUUUGUGGAGUGGGAGACGGAAAGACGGAGACGGGAACACACCGAAACAGACCCCAACGGAGACUGCGAAGCCUCGUCCAUGUGACCAGGAUGUUUGUAUUUCAUUUUGGGAGGAUGACGGUGAGUUCUGGACUGAUUUGUGACUCGUAUUAUUAUUAUUAUUAUUAUUAUUAUGAAUUUUGUUUUGUUUUUCUCCGGUCUUAACGCAUUGGGCAUCCCAGUGUGCUCUUGAACUUUGUUUUUUUUUAACGAAAGGGCUCCAAUCGAAUUGUUUUUUAUUUUAGAAAGCACUUUUAUUUAAGUUAUUACUGUUUAAGUCGUUUUAAGUGACGUUUGCAUUUCAACCAGAGCGGUUUCUUAUCACUGAUGUUAGUUUGGGAUUCACUGACGCGCCAAAGAAAAGGGAAUUCUGUCCGCUGCCUGCCGAGUUUGAGCACACACACACACACACACACACGCAUAUGCAUUAGUGUUGUUAUAAUUUAAGAAUUUUGGUACCAAUCGGACGUUAAUUUCCUGAUGACGUUUAAGCUCCGUUGAGUGCGUUCAACACCGCUGAUUGGCCAUUGUGUUCAUGUGCUCAACAGAAAUGACUGUGAUUGGCUGCGAAGCUCAUCAGUUCACCACUGUUGACUGCUGUUGACCAAUUAUAAACAGAAUAUUGACACUGGAGCGUUUCAUGAGCUGACAUACAAGCGACGUGACUUUGAAACACUGCAGCUUCGUGUCUUUGUGUACGUUCAGUGAACAGUGGUGAACUGAUGACCUUCACAGCCAAUCACAGUCAUUUCUGUUGAGCACUGGUGAACACAACAGCCAAUCAGCUGUGUUUAAGAAAGGAAAUUGACGUUUUUAGUGUUUCACUAGCGAUUUGCACUGGGAUUCCAGUAUCGUGACAACACUCAUAUGCAUAUAUAUAUUUGUUUAUGCACAAAAAGAAACCCAGACUUAAGUAAUGCCAGCAGACAUGCUGUUUUUAACGGUUAUAUUUGGGGUUCUGGGUGUGAGGUGGUAAUAUUGGUUGUGUUUUACAUCAGACUGCGGUGAUUGAUGUCUUGAAGCUCUCAAAACCUCAUUUCUCAUGUGCUUCCCUGCUCAUUUCUGACUCGGUUUUGUUCGUUUUGGUUAUUUUCAUUCACAAAAUUUCUGAUUCCUUCAGUAAUUCUGCUGUUCGCUCAGAUAUUCUCAACGGUCAGGUGUGCGUGUUUGUGUUUGUGUGUGUGUGUGUGUGUGUGUGUGUGUGUGUGUGUGUGUGUGUGUGUGUGUGUGUGUGUGUGUGUGUGUGUGUGUGUGUGUGUGUGUGUGUGUGUGUGUGUGUGUGUGUGUGUGUGUGUGUGUGUGUGUGUGUGUGUGUGUGUGUGUGUGUGAAAUACGGAUUCAUUUGCUGUUGGAUGUCUGCUGUGAGCUGCUUCUUUUAUUUUACAGUUUACAUUAAUAUGUUUUUUUUUUUAAUUCAAAGUGAUUCAUUUCAGUCUUUUGUGUCUGGUUUUAUAUAAAUUAUACAGUUUAUAAUGAAUAAAAAUGUGUUGAACAUUG